AUGACAAAAGACACGAACAACCAGAUUUUUUCGGGACAACACGAGAAAAAGUAUAAUGGACGGUAUCAACGUUCCACUGAGAGGCACCAAAGCAUUAACAUCUCACGAGAGUUAAACGAGAAUUCCAACGAGAAUAACCCCAAGUUCAAAUCUGACAACUCGGAUUACAAGGAAACCGAAAACGAAAGCACGGUCGUUGCAGAGAGCAAGAUUAUGGACGUUUUUGAAGUUUCAUCACUUUUUGAUAGUAAAGAAAAAAAGAGAAAGUUUCCCAGUUUACUUUCGGUAGUUCGGUGGUCUCUUCCCAGGUACAUUGUAUCUGGGUUCUCUCUUCCACCAAUAAAAACUGGGCGCCACCAGAUAACUGAAAAAUUGUUGAGUGUGGCGAAAAACAUAAAAUAUCAAUCAAUCCAGUCCGCCUUUGUGCUUUUUCCAGCGUACGGCAAACAGAUCAGUGCAACAUACAUGGAGGCCGCGUCUUUCGUGAUCAUCACCGGAACUUCAAACGAAGUUGGAAGGUUGCUGUCUGCAAUUAUUUUAGAUCUGAAGAACGUUAAACGAUUCCGAUUCUAUGUAUACAAUGGUGUCUUGUUUCUGGUAGGGGGCAUUUCCUUCAUAAUUCCGUUUGUCCCAACCUACACUCAUCUGUGCGUGGUCUGCGGUGUGUAUGGGAUACUUAUAGGUACAUAUAUCUCCCAGAAAUCGGUCAUACUAAUUGACCUGCUGGGAGAGGAAAACCUCAUCAACUCCUUCGGGCUCCUGAUCAGCUUUCAGGGUGUCGGGAUGCUUAUAGGGCCACCCUUCUGAGGUUUCCUGAAAGACAUUGAUGGACGGUAUGAAAAGUAUGAAAACGCUUUCUACGUGGGAGGCAGUUCCAUGUUUUUCGGUGCUGUUAUUUUAUUGGUGUCAAAUCUUCGACACUGGAUGAUGUCAAAGAAAAGUAAUCCAAAUUCGCAAAAGUAAAUUACAAGGUUUGCUAAACAAUUGUUUAUCAAAGUGUGUUUUCAG